AUCAAUAUCAAUGUUUGUUUAGUGACGGUGUAUUACACGCCUUUAUAAUUUUGUUAAAAGAUAUGUUUAAGCGAUGAAAAAAACGAGGAUUAUUUAAGAAAGUGUAUUUAUUUUGUGCAGUAGAGAACAGUGGAUGUAUAAUAAUAAAAAGCUAAGAUUAUAGGAAAUUGUACACGUUACAUAAAAAACAAGAGCAUUAACAUGUUCUGAAUAAGGCACCAUUAAAUCAGGAAACGUACUAGAUCCCUAAUUUGAAUGUGAAAUUGCCGUUGGCAGUAUUUAUUAGUUUAUUGAAACCAACGCGUAUAAAUGAGUGAAGCUCUAUAUUUGCGAUCAACAUACCUCUUAAAUAUUGAUAUUAUAGAGUGAUUAUUUAAGAAAAUUAUGUUUUAAAAACAACAAUGGAUGGCAACAGAUGUAAGUCUUUAAACGAGUUCUUGUAUGAGCCAGGUUUUCAGAACUUAGUGCACGGAGUUCAUGCUCUAAAUACAGCAAGGAAAUCAUUUCGCGACUUGAUAGAAAAACAGUGGAAACAUUUCAUUGUUAGACUCCCGGAUACAGAGAAAGAUCAACUUGGCAGAUUUAUCCAAUGUAUAAAUCACCAUGGCACGAAACUAGACUUUGCAAGCACUCUUGGUUGUGGUCACGAAACGUGUGAUUUGCUAUACACCAGGUUAAGAAAACUUUCUUAUGUCACGGGAGAUAUACCUGUUGAGCAAGAUGUGGAAAGUUCAUUACAAGAGACGCCAGAGAAUUUUUCUAACACUGACAACGGCUUUAAUUUUAUCUGGGAUUUGGCUAAUUGUUUCAUUUGUGUAAAAAUGCAGGACUUAAAACUACAUGGCCCAGAACUGGAUGCAAAAACAUUAAUUAAACUUAUGAAAAAUUGCAGGAUGUUUGCAUUCAAAGAUUCUGAGAGAAUUUAUAGUCAGGUUUUGGAAAACAUCGAUAAAUUUGUAUAUGCAAAAGACCUGCUCAUUUCAAAAGAAGGCCUGGAAGUGUUGAUUGAUCAAUUGUUGGUUCUUUUGCGCCAUUGGCAAAAUAAUUGCCAGUCGUGUUCAUACGGAUUGGAGGAUAUAGAAAAGAUGCAGCAUGAUAAUGCCGACUAUGAAAACUUCGAAUAUAAGCUUCUUGUGAAAAACGUUCUGGAAAUUAUAAAAUGUAUGUUGAAUAACAGCGAAAAGGACAUUGAUCUGCCUACAAACAUCAAAAGCAUGGACGUCUCAUCUUCAAAGGAACUAAUCUCUUCAUUGCUCUCACAGGUGGAGGAAAUGAUAUCCACACUAGAGCCUAAUGAGCUAUUAGAAUUAAAGCAGAAAAUAGAAUCUUUGGAGGCAGAGAACAAAAUAUUGCAAAUUGAGAUAGCUGAUGAAAAAUCCAAGAAAGAAACCAAAAUGAAGGAAAACAAAGAAAUACAGGAUAAAAUGAAACAACUCGAAGCGGAACUUGAAAGACAAGUACGUUUUAGUGGUAUUUUGCAUAUAUUUCUACAUGACGCAUGGACAAACAUGCAUUUAAACAAGUAA